AUUAUGAAUACGACUAAAAGUGAUAGAAUUUGUGAAAUUUGCAAAAGGGAAGCUGGAAUUUAUUCAUGUCCUAGGUGUAAUCGGAGGUUCUGCUCAUCAAAUUGUUAUAAAUGUCCGGAUCAUGAAAUGUGCAGUGAGUCGUUUUAUCGUGAAUGGGUGGAAGAAUCUUUGAAAAACGAAAAUUUUGAUCGUUUGGAAAGAGAAAAUAUGUUGCAGAUUUUAAAGCGAUCUGCUGAUGCCUGUGAGGAGGAAAUUGUACCCGAACUUUCAAUCGAAGAUAGAUUUGCUAAUCUCGAUAUUAAUUCUGCUGAUGAAGAAGCAAUAUGGGAUUGUCUUAAUGAUGAAGAGAAAAAAAAUUUCAAGUUGUUUGUUGAAGACGAAAAGAAUAUCGAGACAUUAAUACCAGUAAAACAACCGUGGUGGACUGUUACAAUGAUCAACCUCGUAACUGAAUUAGAUGCUGAUAAAUAUGAUGAAAACGAUCAUACUUCACCGCGGCCUCAUUUUCCGUUAAACAUUCAGAAACUUUCCGAUUUAACGUCAGUUAAGCCGUCCGAGAGCAUUCAGUAUAAUUUGGUGAACAUUCUAUAUGCCUACUGUUUUUUAUACAGGUUUUAUAACUGUGAUCUGCGAGACUUUCUAGAGGAGGUUGUAGGCGAAAUAUUUGAACUGAGUCCAGCUUUAAUGGAACAUAACUAUUGCAGUUUAGUCGAAUGUGUUCAGGAUUCCAUUAGGCUUAUUUCAAGCCAUCAUUCAGAUGUUCCUGUUGAUUUUGUGAAAAGCAUUGUGAAUGAUGUUUGUUCAAUAAUGAAAGGCCCCGAUAAUGCGAAAAGUUCAACUUUCGUUCUUUGUGCUUUACAUGAUGUAAAAUUAUUAAUUUUUGAGCUGAAAUUUGCUUACAAAGAACAUGAUAAAAGGGACAAAACAUGUAAAAAGAAAUUGAAUCUGGCGAUUAAAAAAAUGGAUUUUUUAAUGAGCUGGUGUUUAGAUAAUGACUCUGCCAUGUCUGAUAUUGCGUCGGAUCUUGUACUGCUAAUGCUUCCAGACAUGGUUUCGGAUUCACAAAAUGAAAGUGCCUCCCAUAUGGAAAGUAAUGACCUGGUUAAAACUAGACCGUUAAUUGAAGAGAUAGAAUAA